AUGACAAAUGGAUCCUUGGAAGAUCAGUUAUUCAAAAUAAACAGCAAUCCACUGUUGUGGAAAGAGCGACUCAAGAUUUGCAUUGGUGUAGCACGAGGACUACAACAUCUCCAUUCAAGUGUGAAGCAUGGAGUUAUCCACUGUGACGUAAAGCCAGGCAAUAUUCUGUUGGAUGAGAAUUGGGUUGCAAAAGUUACUAAUUUCACGCUCUCUAAACUAAUACCCAAUGACAUUGCAGAUGAAUCAUUAACAGUUUCAAGGAUUCAUGGCAAUUAUGGUUAUAUGGACCAGGGAGACUUGGGAGACUCGUAUCGGGAUAUUGGUGUUGAGUUAUCUAUGACCGAACCUAGUUCUUACAACAACGUCUUCUCUACUGAGCCAUUCGCUUCAGAUACUGAUGAUGUUCUAAGCUUAAAUUCUGAUGUAAGAUGGAGUGGAUCAAUGUUUGAAUUGGAUUUUGAUGAGUUAACCCGUUAG